UCCCUCCUUCAGCCGGCAGAAAACAGUGGAACCCUCCCAUCGAGGUGAGAGCGCAGAUGUCACGAAAGCGACCGCAAGACCAGAGCGCAACCACCGACACGCCGAACGACCUCCGUCCGCCUCCCCACGCCUGCGUCUGGGAUGCUUUUAGCGCACGAGCCGCCUCCAAUCAGGGCAGCCAGCGGUCGUCGACGCAGAUCGUCGACACUCUUUUAGUUAUUAUUUUAAACAGAGGAUCUUGCCCACCGAGACGCCCCUUUUUAUUUCAGUGUUUCUGUUUGUUUCUUCAUGACUGCUGCUUUGGGAAGUGAGGCGCAACAGCAACAUCAUGCGAGCCCAAAUCGAAGUAAUACCAUGCAAAAUUUGCGGAGACAAAUCAUCAGGGAUCCACUACGGAGUCAUCACAUGUGAGGGUUGUAAGGGAUUCUUCAGAAGGAGUCAGCAGAACAACGCAUCCUACUCCUGCCCCCGCCAGAGGAACUGUCUCAUCGACAGAACAAACCGCAACCGAUGCCAACACUGCCGCCUUCAGAAGUGUCUAGCCCUAGGAAUGUCCAGAGAUGCUGUUAAAUUUGGCCGUAUGUCCAAGAAACAACGUGACAGUCUGUAUGCAGAGGUCCAAAAGCACCAGGCACGACUACAGGAGCAGCGGCAGCAACAGACAGGGGAAGCGGAGGCUUUGGCACGUGUUUACUCAUCCAGCCUAACCAAUGGACUGUCAACCCUCAACCAUGAGAUUGGGGGCACUUAUGCCAAUGGUCAUGUCAUUGACCUACCCAAGGGUGGCCACAGUAAUGGCGCUGGACUUCCAGGGGGCUACUAUGGGAUGGACUCCACCCAGCCAUCUCCAGACCAGUCCGGUUUGGAUAUGUCAGGCAUGAAGCACAUUAAACAGGAGCCGGUGUACGACCUGACACCAGUUCCCAACCUGUUCAGCUACGGAGGCUACCAGGACAGUCAACUGGGACACAACAAUGUCAGCAUGGGAGAACUAGACCGCAUUGCUCAGAAUAUCAUCAAGUCUCAUCUGGAGACGUGUCAGUACACCUCGGAGGAGCUGCAGCAGUUGGCCUGGCAGACACAUUCCUAUGAGGAAGUCAAAAUGUAUCAGAGCAAGCCUCGGGACGUGUUGUGGCAGCAGUGUGCCAUUCAGAUCACACAUGCCAUCCAGUAUGUGGUCGAGUUCGCCAAGCGCAUCUCAGGGUUUAUGGAAUUGUGUCAAAACGACCAGAUCCUCUUGCUGAAAUCAGGUUGUUUAGAGGUGGUCCUGGUGAGGAUGUGCAGGGCCUUCAACCCUCUUAACAACACUGUGCUCUUUGAGGGGAAGUAUGGAGGCAUGCAGAUGUUCAAAGCUCUCGGUUGUGAUGACUUAGUGAGCGCGGUGUUUGACUUUGCCAAGAGUUUGUGCUCAUUGCAGCUGACGGAGGAGGAGAUCGCUCUCUUCUCGGCAGCUGUCCUAAUUUCCACAGAUCGUCCGUGGUUGAUGGAGCCCCGCAAAGUCCAGAAACUCCAGGAGAAGAUCUACUUUACUUUGCAGCACAUUAUGCAGAAGAACCACAUGGACGAAGACGCCUUGGCUAAGUUGAUCAGUCGUAUCCCAACAUUGUCUGCUCUGUGUACGCUCCACACGGAGGAGCUUCAAGCCUUCCAGCAGCUUCAUCCGGAAACAGUCAACGUUCUCUUCCCGCCGCUCUAUAAAGAACUCUUCAAUCCCGACCCGAACUCUGCCAUGUCCAUGCCCAAGUGACUGCCUGCGCAAGCAACAAUGUCCGUGGAGGAACAAAAGAAUACGAAGGACCACUAUGUCUGACGAGGCAACGCUGGCAAUACCUCCCCACGUCUUUGUCAUAUUUCACAGCCCCCCCUUGUUUCAUUCGAGACCGGGGAGGUGAGUGGUCAUCUGCCAGAAACUUACAGUUACCGCCAACAAAACUAGGAAUGUCCAGCACUUAUCCCAUCCGGUUCACCGAUACAGUCUGAAGAAUGUAUAUAGAAAUGAAACGUGGCCCAAGCCACGACCUUAGCGGGGGCUUCUUCUUCUUGUCUCCUGACCAGAAAUGUACAGACUUUAAAAUCUAGGAACAAUUUAUGCUGCCAGUCUUAAAAUAUGGGUACUUGACAUUUUUUUGGAAUUUGAAAAAGAGAAACCUUUUUGUUGAUUUUUUUUUUUCUGAGAUGAAGAAAUAGUUUUAAAAUGCCGAAUGGGGGAGGGAAGUGUGGAAUUAGAGAAGCUAUUGUAGAUAUUCUCCUAGUACAGAGCGGAUUCCAGUAUUACUUCUGUUGAAAUAAGUUAGUCCUAAUUUAAAGAUACAACAGUCCACUGUGGCUGAUUAUUCCUUGUCUAAGUGUUUUCAUUUUAACUGAUACGUUCUUGUGUACAGAAUUUGUAAAGUUAAGACUUGUAAAGGAAUAUUGGGUAAAAUUGGGAGCCAAUUUUCAUUUGUUUAUAUAUAUACAUAUAUACAUAUACAUCUAUCUAUCUAUCUAUAUAUAUAGGAGCCUUGUCUGGAUGUUGUUCAUAUGUAUAGAAGGAAUAGCAUCUUUCUGAUGCAAACGUGUAGAGAUGUAAAGAAGAACAUAAGAUGAAUUAACAAAAGACUAGCUACUUUUCAAGGUGAUAAAGUAUACAGUACUGUUCUAUAUUGUUGCUGCAAUAACUAAAUCCCAAAAAGCUGGAUUGCUUUUGAACAAUCAUCGAGAAACAAACAAUCAAGAAAGGUCAUUUCCAAAUCAAGCUGUGCCCUUUCAUACAUUCCUUGUGUGAAAGGGCCCGGACUUCAGGGUGGUGAGGAUUUUCACCUCUGGAGAGAAAGAUGAGAAAAGAAACGCAAUCUUAAUCGAAGGUAACGUUCAAAUCUUCAAAGACCUGAAUUAUUGCCGUAUCCCCUCAUCCCUCCCGUCACUAUUUGCACAAUCAAGUCCCUGAACAUCCUGGACCACUCCGGGCUAUGAAUAUGAAAGAAUCCAAGGAGCAAUAACUUUUACACUGCCUUUUCUUUUUUAAUCUCAUAGAUCUUCUUUGCCAUUUUUUGUUGUUUUGAACAGGGUAGCAAUUUUCAACUAAUAUGCACUAUAUUGGAAGGUACUGAAUUCCAUCACAGGCUGUUUUCAGUGUUUUUCGCAAGACGUGAGAUGGGCUGUGGUUAGGAUAUACGCAGAGCACUGGUUGCCUGACGUGAACAAGAAUCAUCCUAAAUACCAAUGAUCACUUCUCGAAUUGAAAUAGACACAGAAAAUGUGAUAGACAAUCACCUUGUUUGCUUUUUGUUCGCAGUUACAUAUUUAUUAGCACUUGCAAUUUGUCUCUUUUGUUUUCAAUUGCCUUAAUGUUGACUUAUUUUGUAAUUGCAAUUUGGCCACUGAGUAACAAAAAGCUACGUGAGCUCAAGGUCUAACCUUUUGAGGGAGGACACUUGCAUGAAAACGCUCCAGACUUGGCUUGGAAAAUUUGUGCAGUCCUGUUUUUGGCCACUAGAUGCUCCAUAUGCAUUAUUUUUGUAAAAUGUCAGUCAGGUCUGACAAUGAUUUUUCUCAAGCGACACAAACAACAAAAAAAAUUGUGAUUCUUUUCAUCUUAAAAAGUGGAC